CGUGUUUCGUUUUUUGACUUUUUGAAUUUUAUUUUUUUCGGAAAAUCUAACAAAAUGCAAAUUAUCAAAAAUGAAGGUUUCAAUGUUUUACAGGUAAAAUUUGAUAAACAAUCAUCAAUCAUACGGCAUUUAUAUGUGAAAAGUUUCAUUUCAAAUUCAUUAAUUCAACAACGAAAAAAUUCUGAUCAUGAUUUACAACAACAACAAGAAUGUAAAGCCGAAAAUUGUACAUUAUUCAUACUGAAUAUACCACCAUUCAUUAAUGAACAACAUAUUCGUUAUUUAUUUGAAAAAUGUGGAAAAAUUGUCCGGGUGUUUUUCGAUGAAAAACCAUCAUUUCAAACAGCAACAUCAAUGUUGGAAAAAAUACAGAAAUUAGAUUCGAAAACCGACCAGCAAGAUAAAUCUGCAAUUCCCUUAGGUUUUUCUUCAUCAGUUUUUGAAGAAAAUGAAAUUUUCAACUAUAAAAUUUGCCAUGUGGUUUUCGCCAAAUUGAGCGCACUUUCAAAUGCUUUAGAUAUGGCCGGAACGGAUCAUGUUUAUACGUUUGUCCCUGACGAAAUUGAUCCGGAUGAUAAACGUUGGUUUACUGGCAUUAAACUUUGGCAAUCUCGAUAUAAUAAUUCUGUGAUCGAUCAAUAUCAUCGAGUAAAAUUGGCUGAAAAAUUUGUGGCCGAAAUGGAUGAACAAUCGGAUGAACAACAGAAACGAAUUGAAGCCGAACAACAACAAUCGAUUGAACAGGAAUCAGGCGGGUGGAUAACAGUAAAUCGUAAUCUACGUCGCAAUCGUCGUGCAUUAAUCGCUAAUCAACAACAUGAUCGUCUGAUUGAAGAAAAAUUAAAAGAUCGUCAAAUGAAACGAAAACUUUCGGAACAAAAAUUCGAUGAACAAAUUGCACCUAUAAUUGAAGCAGCACAGAAAAAGAAGAAGAAAAAUCCUCGAACUAUUCAUAAUAAUUUUUGAACCAAAAAGUUUUUUAUUUUU